GAGAGAGAGAGAGGGGGGGGGGGGAAGGAGAAACGAAACUAGACAUACAAACACUCCAUCUCCGUCUUUCCUUUCCGUUCUGAGGAGGAAAUGGAAGCUCCUUUAGCUUCCUGGCCUUGGGGGAAUCUUGGAGUCUACAAGUACGUGUUAUAUGGACCGAUUGUGGCCAAAGCUGCGUGCGAAUGGAGGGAGGGGAGGUCAGGUGGGUGGUCGCUUCACCUUCUCCUACUCUUCGCCCUCAGGAGCCUCGUGUACCAGCUCUGGUUCUCCUUCGGCAACAUGCUCUUCCUCACCCGGCGGCGCCGGGUGGUCGAGGACGGCGUCGACUUCAAGCAGAUCGACAAGGAGUGGGAUUGGGACAACUUCCACAUCCUCCAAGCCCUCCUUGGAUCCAUGGUCUUGUAUGCCGCUCCGUCCUUGGAAGAGCUCCCACUUCUGCAGCUCAAGGGGUGCAUCGUCGCUCUGCUGCUUCAUGUCGGCGUCUCGGAGCCUUUGUUCUACGUGGCGCACAGGUGCUUCCACCGCGGCUACCUCUACGCCCACUACCACUCCAUCCACCACUCCUCGCCGGUGCCACAGUCCCUGACAGCCGCGUUCGCCACGCCAUUGGAGCACCUCGUCUUGAGCGCGGUGAUGGCGGCGCCACUGCUGGGGGCCUUCGCCAUGGGUCAUGGUUCCCUGAGCUUGGUGUAUGGCUACGUUCUCAUCUUCGACUUCCUGCGGAGCAUGGGAUACAGCAACGUGGAGGUGCUUCCUGCUCGCCUAUUCGACGCCCUACCCGUCCUCAGAUAUCUCAUUUACUCCCCCACAUAUCUGAGCCUCCAUCACAAGGAGAAGAACUGCAACUUUUGCCUCUUCAUGCCUGUGUUUGAUUUGCUGGGGAAGACGAUACACAACAAGGCGUGGGAUCUGAACAAGGAGAUACGCUCAGGGGGAAACGACCGCGUUCCUGACUUCGUCUUCCUCGCGCAUGUCGUCGACGUCAUCUCCUCCAUGCACGUACCCUUCGUGUUCCGGUCGGUCUCCUCGAUGCCCUUCACCAACAACUUCUUCCUGCUGCUACUAUGGCCGAUCGCGUUCUCGGUCAUGCUCCUGAUGUGGGCGUUCUCCAAGACCUUCUUGCUCUCCUUCUACAACCUGAGGGGUCGGCUGCACCAGACAUGGGUAGUCCCGCGAUACGGCUUCCAGUACUUCUUGCCGUUCGCCAGGAAGGGCAUCAAUGACCAGAUCGAGCUCGCGAUCCUUAGGGCGGACAAGCUCGGAGUGAAGGUGGUCAGCCUUGCAGCAUUGAAUAAGAACGAGUCGCUUAACGGCGGGGGGACGCUGUUCGUGAGCAAACACCAGGAUCUGAAGGUCCGGGUCGUGCAUGGCAACACCCUGACGGCGGCCGUCAUCCUCAACGAGAUCCCAAGGGACGUGAAGGAGGUGUUUUUAACCGGCGCUACCUCCAAGCUCGGAAGAGCCAUUGCGCUGUAUCUUUGCAAAAAGAACAUCCGAGUACUGAUGCUGACGCUGUCGACGGAGAGGUUUCUGAAGAUCCAAAAGGAGGCCCCGGAGGACUGCCAACACCAUCUGGUUCAGGUCACCAAGUACCAGGCCGCACAGCACUGCAAGACGUGGAUAGUGGGCAAGUGGCUGUCGCUGAGGGAGCAGAGGUGGGCGCCGCCUGGCACGCACUUCCACCAGUUCGUGGUGCCGCCCAUCAUCGGCUUCAGGAGGGACUGCACCUACGGGAGUCUGGCGGCCAUGAGGCUCCCCAAGGACGUCCGAGGGCUGGGGUCGUGCGAGUACACGAUGGAGCGAGGAGUGGUGCACGCCUGCCACGCCGGAGGGGUGGUGCAUUGCCUGGAAGGGUGGACGCAUCACGAGGUCGGCGCCAUCGACGUGGACCGCAUCGACGUCGUGUGGAGAGCGGCGCUGAAGCAUGGCCUAACACCUGUUUGAUGAAAUGACACGAGCCGUGUUCCUCGACUCCAUAUUCUACGCCAUGUUUCAGCGAAUAUUCUUUUUCAUGUGGGCAUGAAGCUUACACAACAAAAGCAAGUAAGCUCCAACCAUGUGGUAUGAAUCAAGAAACAUGAGCCCUAAGAAAAGAUGGGUUUGGGGAAAGCAAGUUUGUGAGAAGCUGCCUUCUUUUUCUUCUCUUUCUUUUCAUCGUGAUAUCUCACUACAUAGGCCAACAUGAUAAAUAAAGCCAAAGAAGACUAAAAGACCGACCAACAAAGACUUUUCGUUUGGGAGUCUUAAUCGAACCCAUAAGAUGAUUGCUUUCGGUUGUCCAAUUCUCUAUGUCAUCCUGACAUCACAUGUCCCUCAUGCAUUAUUGUAUUCAAACUCGUUAGCCAAAACCAAUAAUCAUAUCAAUGGAGUAACAUUCAAGUUA